CGUCUGUUCUCGUUUCGAGUGCUGUCACGUUCUCGUCGCUCGUCUCGUCAAAUGGAAAAUUACGCGGCGAUGAAUCUUUUAGAAAUUAUGUUAACGCGACGCGUGUUCACGUGUCGUGUAUAUCUCGUUCGAUGAAUCGACAUAUCGUUGGCGCCAUUAAGUGGCACUUUAUAAUCAUCUUUUCCGCGAUAUUAAUAUCUUUUUUUAACUCUUUAUCUCGCAAUGCCAUUAAAAAGAAUCCCAAUGCUGCAACUCGUAAUAUUUUCUGCGCCACUUGUUUAUUCGUUAUCUCGCGUCCUGUUAAUUACAAAGUAUCAUUUAAUAUGUAUCGCUUUUUACCGUAUAAGAAUAAGCAAAAGAAGAUACACAUUUCAUCACACGAAAACUUAAAUCUCGCGACAUAUAAAUAUCAUUUAUUUCCACGAAAUCUUUUCACACACGAUGCCUGAAAAAAAGAUAAAUUUUAUGCAGCGUGAAAAUCGUACAACACGUCUGUUAAUACUAAAAAUAUAUCAGAAUGCGCACCGUCAUUACAUCCAACUCAAUCCGAUGCGUCAAUGACACCUGUUUAUCGCUACACGCAUAUUUUAUGUUACAGCCGUGUGCUAUUAAUAUACAAGCGCUUACUCGCGGGAAAAUUCCGCGGAAACGCAUUGGCCGACCGUCGAAGGGGAUUUGGCACCGGUUACGUCAAAGUUACACGUGCAAGUUUGCAAGGUCGAACUCCAGACGAAUCAAUCAAUUAAAUCAGUGCGUCGCGGUAUAUGCAAAUUUUUUCAAAAAGCGGAAGGGAGCGAGAUGCGAUAUUUUUCGCGAUAAAUAGGCGACACAUUUAAAAAGGACAUUUAAAAGCUCGCAGAGACGAAAACCGAGAAUAUUAAAAUCGUGUCGCCACUAUAUGUAUAUGCAUAUAUGGGAGAAAAUCAAGUCCGAUGGCUGCAAGCGCGAGAAGUGCAAGAAGCACGUGACUCCGCGCUGCUUCGAUUCGCAGACGCUUCUCGAUCACGAAUGUCACUCGUGACAUUAGGUGCGCAUGCGCGCGCGCCUUUGCGUCGCCGCGCCGCGCCGGCCGGCUCGCGUUCAAACGUGCGACGGACGUAGCCGAAGGUGGAUUGGUACCGCGUUGAUUGAACGGCGCGAACGUCGUCCGAGCUCUCGAAGGCGGAGAGUUGUUAUUUUUUUGUCAACUCUCGCUUCGUUCGAACGAUAUCGCGAUCUCGCGACUUUUCGUAAUAUCGCUCGAGGAACGUCCGAUCGAAUGUCGAACGGAUUAAGAUAAGACGCCCGCUGUCGGUCGUGUGCGACGGAGUCGGUGACGGACAGGCGUGCGAUGCGCUAGGCCGCGGUUAGCAUCAUCACAUGAGAGGAGAGAGAGAAGAGAUUAUUACACAUCCUUCGUAAUAAAGAUCGAAAUUUAACAGUCGCGAAACAUCGCGAUGUCAUGUACUGUCGUAUAAAAGAUUUCGAGGAAGAGAAAGAAGAAGACAAUUUCAACAACACGAUUACCGAUCCUGAGGUUGCGGAGUAAAAAACGGGGAAUGCUCUCCUGAGGAAGAAAGAGGAACGUCGGCGGAAGUUGUUGAGAAACGGAAGGAAAUUUUCUUUAAAUCCCAUUCCUCGUCGUGUCGCAGGAGUCUGUCGUUACUGCAGAGAAACGAUCUAAAUGUGUUCCAUAGCAAUGCCGGCCGAACUGAUCCUGGGGCACAGCCCUCCGGUUUACAGUUCUCUAUUGUACAGUCCUCUGGUGGUUUCGGCACCCACAAUCAGUACUAGAACUGUGCCUCCCAGGAUCAGACCAUGUCUCUCUUCGGGAGCUUUGCCCCUGGACACGCUGCGAAACGAUGGCAGUGGCAAGCAGAAGAAACGGGUGGUGUUCGCCGACGACCGCGGUCGUCCUCUCACACAGGUUCGCGUAAUGUCGGAACCAAGCCACGUGCCACCACUAUGGAGCACGGCUUACGUGGCCGGGUUGACCGGAGGUCUGCUCGGUUCGCCCAAGGAUCCAAAUCAGGACGCGGCGCAGAAUUCUACGCCACUGUGGCAGGUGACCUUCCCGCAACCGGCAAGCGACUAUCUCGCCUUUCGCCAUAAGCUCGAUCAGGAGAGUGUCAGCUUGGAGAAUGUGAUUGUGCGCGAGUCCGAGCAAUGCCUGGUAGGCACCGUGAAGGUCCGGAAUCUGGCCUACGACAAGGAAGUCGUGGUGAGAGCGAGCAACGACUCCUGGUCCACUCACGAGGAUGUGUACUGCACGUACGUGGAGCAACGAGGCUCGCCGGUCACCCUCACGCUCUACGACACCUUUCGUUUCCGGCUCACUCUGCCCGUGGCCUCGAAUGUCAUCGAGUUCUGCGUCCGAUACCGCACCGAUGGCAAGGAGUCCUGGGAUAACAACGAGGGCAAGAAUUACGUGAUUCGUAAGAAGCAAGAGCCCCAAGUAUCGGCCAAAUGGUGCGACAACAUCCAGACGAUGACGUGCGACGGGAGCUCCAACAACGGGACCGGCAGCAUGGUCCCGCGCAACACGGAAAUCACCAGGCUCAGCAUGCGCACCUGGAGCGAAUUCUCGUCCUGGCAGCACCUAGUCAACGACGCGCCCUACUGGUGAAUCUACCUGCGAGGAGGUUUUGUAGCCCCCUCGUGUCUCGAUACCAAUUCAAGCUGUACGAACUACUCCAGUUUCUUCACCAUUUCGAGCCAAGACGAGAGAUCGAGUAAGUUGAGCCGUAGUCAUCUCGCGGGACGCGAAUCAUCUUGGAGGAUGAGGGUACGACGAGAUCACGACGAGAGAGAGGAGAAGCUGCGCGACGAUCCGAAUUGAGAACGAGGGAAACAAGAGCGCGCGUGCGGGAGAAAAACAAUCGGGGGAUGAUAGCGAACAGCAGCAGAGCGGACGCGACGUCGAGCUCCUUCGGAUAACGCAAUCUGCACGAUCCCAGCAUCCCACAUCAUCAUACAAUCAGGAUCACCCAGGUCAUCCUGCGUCCGUCUCUAACACGCCAGUAGCCACGUUCAUCAUCGGCCACGAACAUCAUCGUCGUGCGUUAUCUUCUCGAACGUCCUCUUCCUCUUCUUGUACUUCCUUAUUCCUCAGAGAUUUUCGACCCGCCUACGGCCUCAAGAUAGUCAGUCGAGCUUCCACCAGAUCGAGUCGUCCAAAUCUUGCGGAUCUCGUCACAACGGUCAAUAUUGUAAUCCUGUAAGUUAUCUCCAUUUCUUCCCUUGUCAAGUUUUUCCUCUUUCUCACAAUCUCUCUUUCUUUCUCUCUUCCGUCUCUUUGUUUAUGGCGCCCUUAACACGAUCCUUCCUGCAAAGCACAGAUUCUCGACCAGCUGUUUUCAUUAUUUUACGAGUAUAUAACGGGACACGUUUCUAGUUUCGUGUAAGGUCUCAGUAAAAGUAAAACAGUUGCGAGAUUACACUGACAAAUGCGAUGUGUCUUCAAGUGUGAAUUAUAUAUAGAUUGUUUCGUGGCACCAACAUAUGUGUAGGCUCAUCGUCCAGACACAUAAACGCCUAAAAGAUGAUUUACGAAUGUUUUUAUCAGAGGCUAGGGUCUCUUCUGGGUUGUCAUAUACUAGAGUGAUGCUAUCGUAACAUUUCUUUUAAAUAUUCAAGCGAAUUAUACUAUUAACAACUUUCAAAAGCCUUGUGCUUGCAUGUUUGCAAUCGAACAUCAACAUUUUUAACACAACUAUCAACGGCAACUUUCUACUAUUAUCUUAAUUAUUAUCUAACUGGUGCUGUCUGCUGUUUCUAUUGCAGUUCCUUCUUUCUUUCGCGUGUCCCUAUUACUUCGCGAAUAGAAAGAAUAGAAUAAACAAAAUUGUAAUUUUGCACGGUGAAGAAAGUUUCAGCAACCAUUAUUACACUAUUAGAAUCCGAAUCAAGAAGAUGAUUGAAAUACUAUAUACCUUGUAAGAUAUUAAACUACUAAUCUUCUACCGCCCAAUUAUUUACUCUCUUCGGGACUUUUAUCUCUCGCGGAUUAUUUUAAGAACGAUUUAUAUUUUAUAUAUCUAUAUAAAUGAAUAUAUUUGAUAUAUAU